AUGGCUUAUGUCAAGCGGAAUCUUUUGGCAAAUGCCAUUGAAAGCGCAACGAGAGACGCAGCCAACGAAGAUCUUCCAACUGUUCCUUACUCGGGAAGCGCGUGGAUGCCCGCCCAAGGCAUGAGCUUGCGCAGACUCUUGGAGCGCAACCUUCGCGAGCUCAGGAAGGAUGCUGAUAUGAAGAGAAAAGCCUGCGGACUGCCAGUGAUUGACAAAUCUCAGAUGCUUUACACGUCCCAAUGGCAAGAUCGAUCCUCUGUUUCGUCGGGCUCUUCUGAUUCGGGCUCUUCUUCUCCAGGACCUUCUUCUCCAGGAUAUUCUUCUCCAGGAUCUAGCAUUGAGAGAAAGCUCAAAUUCUCUUUCUCAAGCUCAGACUCUGACGAGUUCGAGGAAUCUGGCACAGCUCCCGACAUUGAGUUCGAUGACGUUAGCGAGGACAACGACGAUUGGAGAUCCACGUCAGGAGACAGCGACGAUCUUCCAUUUCGAAAUAAGAUGCGAGCUUACUCCAAAUAA